AUGGACUUGGAAAAUAGAAGGAGGCUGCUUGCAGCCAUCUCGGUGGACCCCUACAUCCUCUACCGAUAUCCUCAGCUUCAGGAUGAUGAGAAGUUUAUCCGAUCUGCCAUUCGCAAUGAGAAUUUAUGCCGCGCAGUCAUGGAAUGGGCCACACCCAGAUUUCGCAGCGACCCCGUCGUCAUCAAGAGACUGAUGAAGCGCUGCUGGCAAAUCAUUGAAUUUGUGAACCCUGAUCUCUUGGCGGAUCGAGACUUUCUCAUGGAAACUUUCGACUAUGGUUGUGGCUUGACGCUUCAGUUUGCCUCGCCGGAAAUUUUGUCCGAUAAACAGUGUGUCCUCCUGGCUUCCUUCCGGUAUGGGUCCCAACAGCUCCAUUUUGCGUCGCCGGAACUACGAGAUGAUCCAGAAGUAAUGCUGGCAGCCACAAAAGCGUCAUUAUCAGCCAUUGAGUUUGCUAGCGAUCGGCUCAAGUGCGAUCGGCAGUUUGUGUUGGAGGCGGUGAUGUUGAGGCGGGAGCAGUUUGCCGCAUGGAGUAACUUGCCUCAUGCCUUGGAAUUCGUCGAUGAAUCCUUUCGACAUGAUUAUGAAAUUGCCAUGGAAGCUGUCAAGCAGAAUUGCAUGGCGUUGGAUUUGCUUCCAGAGAAAUUCCGUGCUGAUCGACAUUUGGUAAUGGCUGCGGUCCAGGCUUCGCCGUAUCCAUGGUGCUUGCAGUGGGCGGCCGAGCCUUUGAAUGACGACGAGGAAAUAGUCAUGGCGGCUGUGGAAAGUUGUGGUGGAAGUCUCGAGUUUGCGUCAGAAAGGCUAAAGGCCAGCCGUGAUAUCGUCCUGGUAGCAGUAAGACAGGACCCUCGUUCCAUCCAAUUUGCUGCAGACCAGCUAAAAGCAAACAGAAAAGUGGUGUUGAUGUCAUUACGGCGCGGGCACGGUGAAACACUUCAAUUUGCUUCGUCAGAACUCCAAGGAGACAGAAAGGUUGCAUUGUUCGCUGUGGAAGCACAGCAUCGCAACUGGGUGCAUGUCGCAAAACACCUUACAGAAGACAAGGAUUUUGUUUUGUCGGCACUCAAGAUGCGAGUGGAUAUAUUUCAUUUUCUAUCCACGCAGCUUCAAAAUGAUAUAGUGGUUGUCUACAGAGCUUUCCGGACUAAGUUCGUUUUCUUUUAUUCACAUUUUUGGACCAAAAAGAGGUAUUGCAACGACCUCAAGGCCCGGUUGGGAGCAUUGGGGAGGGCAGUGUUGGCCACAAAUCAUUACAAUUUGCCCCAGGACUCGCCCGCAGUCUAUGCCGAAGGCUGGUUGUCGCUGGUCCGUGAGAAGCGGUGGCUGCUUGGGCAGUGCGGAGGGGGUAAAUGCCUACCAGAUGAAGUCCAGAAACGAAUAUUGGAGUUUGAGGGUGGGAAUGAGGCAAUCUGGGCCCAAGAGCUUUUGGCAUUUGAUUUCCUUGUUUCUUUAAUGCUAGAACGAGGCGAGAAGAUGCCAACAUUUGCUGGAUGGGCUGAGUUUUGGGUCGAAUGCCUGAAAUGGGACGGCAUGUGA